AUGGCCGAUUCUAUUGAAACUGAGGUAUCUCGUGUAAAUGAGGCCGUGAAACACGCUCGAAGCCAAAAAAAGCCAAAUUUACGUGAGGUCGCGCGGCAAUAUGACGUUAAUUACAGAUUGUUAUGGCGACGCGUUAAUUGCAAUAUGAAGCCUAAAACAGAGGUUAAACCAUCGAAUUACACCCUAAAUGUCUAUCAGGAGAAGGCUUUAGGCUAUUGGAUAAAGACUUUGGAUGCUUCCUUCCUCCCUCCGACGCCUGCUAUUAUAGAGCAUUGGGCCAAUGCUACACUCGCGCGGUCAAAGACACCCGAUCGGACGGUCGGAAAAGAUUGGGUAUAUCGCUAUAUUCGUCGUUUCCCAGACACUGAGAUGAAGCUUAGAAGGCAGAAAAUUAUUGAUUCUAAACGUCUAGGAAUUACAGACGUUGCAGAGCUUUAUCAUUGGUAUGAUUUGUUAGCUAAGGCUCUCGAGGGUGUGAAUCCACGCAAUAUUUAUAACUUUGAUGAAACUGGCUUUCAAAUUGGACAAGGACGGACCCGACGUGUGUUUUCUAGCCAAUCUGGCAAAGCUUCAGACCUCCCGGGCACAGAACAUGGUGAAAGGGUAACGGUCGCAGAAUGUAUUGCUGCCGAUGGUUGGCGAAUGCAGCCCUUGGUCAUCUUCAAAGGACAGCAUCAUAUGGAGUCGUGGUAUAACCAUCCAAUACCUGAUGAAUGGAUAACUGCGACCGCAGAAAAAGGCUAUAUUAUUGAUAAGCUUGCUGUGCGUUGGAUGGAAGAAUUUGACCGUGAAACACGCACUCGUCUUAAAAACGGAGAGCAGCGUAUUCUCUUGGUCGACGGCUGUGGCUCACAUCUAACAUUUGAAUUUCUUGAUACUGCGACCGAAGCAGGUAUUAAGAUAUUUGGAUUUCCGCCGAAUCGAACAAAUUAUCUUCAACCUUUGGAUGGUAAGCCUUUCCAAGCUUAUAAGGCUUAUUUUAAGACACAAAAUAACCUUAUUUCUCAAUGGGGUGGAGGUCUUCUCGCAUCAAAAUCAUCCUUCCUAAACGACCUUUACCAAUUCCGAGACAAAGCCCUUACACCCCGAAUGUGUCGAAAUGCCUUUUCAGAGCGAGGAAUUUAUCCAGUUGACGCAAAAAAAGUCUGUGAGAGCCUCGAAAAUGCUCUUCCUCCUAUCCCAGACAUUGAAAUUGAUCUAUCGGGAGAGAAAACACCCUCUCCGGAACCAGAUCUUUUGUCGUCAAGUCUUGAAAACACACCUUCAAAAACCUUUAAAGAUGUGGAAAAAAGGCAAAAACAUCUCUCUCCUCUUCUCUGCCGGCCUGAUUUAACGCCCAAAGAAAAAAAAACACUCGCACAGGUCUUAGAUGAGCAAGAGUUCUAUUUUAACGCCUUAGCCAAUACUACGGCUACUAUACGGGAAAUGGCCGCUAUCCGAGCCCCGCGGGAGAAAAAAACUACUAGACGGCGUGUUAUGGGCCUUAGUGAUGAUAGUGUUAUACGUGUUAAAGAUGCUAAACGUAGUAUAGCUGAGAGGAAGGCAAAGGAAGACAAAAAAGAUGAGAGACGGGCGGUAAAAGAAUUGGAGAAAAAGUACGGUGUUCCUACCACACCACGUAUUACGGAGGCUCAAAGAGAGGCAGAGGCAGAACCGUUAUACAGCGAGUCGGGAGAGGUUAUUGGUUUUUAUGAUAAAUUCUAA